GAUGGACGUGAUUGAGCCUUGGACUGCAGCAGUCGCGUUUUUCCAAGACAAGUCUAGUCAACCGACGCUUCGAUGUCAAAUCAACUUCCUCAAUCUCCUUCCCCCUCACACUCUGACAUUGGACACGAUACUACUCCACCAAUGUCAUCCUAUUAUGGCGACAAGCCACGAGAUAUCCCAUCGUGGGAUGCGUUCGAAGCUGAAGACGAUGAGGAGAUCAUGGACAGCUCCGAGUACGCUUACGCAUCGAGAGACCACGUCUUGUUCUGUAUAGACGCCUCGUCCUCCAUGCAGACCCCUAGACCCGAUAUGUCGACCCCUGAAGGGAUCAUCCGCGGUAAAUCUGCUCUGCACCAGGUCAUGGACGCCGUGAUGGAUCUACAAAGGAAAAAGGUCAUUACCGGUCCAGCGGAUAGCGUGGGCAUCAUGUUCUGGAACAUUGAUCCCAGUCGUCCUACGACCUCUGCCGGCUCGUCUGGCGGAUAUAAACCCGGCACUCUCGUCUACCAACCUCUGAGAACCAUUAACGCGGAGGAGAUGAAACGAGGGAUCAAGCUAUUGGAGCAUGCCCAAGAGGAAUACGAAUCCCAAGAGGAGACAGAAUCAACCACUCAACCUGACACCCUGACGGAAGCUUUCCCAGCUUGCAAGAAGGGGGAGGAGCUGAAAGUUGCCGAGGUGCUUCAAACGUGCAACCAUUUGUUCAGGGAUGGUGGGACGAAGCUCAUCGGGAACAAGAGAAUCUUCCUCAUCACGGACAACGACGAACCGCCAGGUGGAACCGCUACUUUCGCUGCCAGUCGAACGUCUUACAGUGAUCUUCUGACGCUCGGCGUGACCAUAAACACGUUUUUCAUCGAUCGUCCAGAUCAUCGAUUCAACCCGUCUCUCUAUUGGAAUGACAUUCUCGGUCGGGAGACUGACGAAGACAAACCAGACGCCGGAGCCGAGCCUGAAGGGCUCGACAAGUUGGCUGACUUGCUGACUGAUCUGGCAAUUCGUAAUGCACCGAAACGGAUCCAGUUUUCGGUGCCUUUACGGAUAGGUAAAGAAGGUGGAGGCAUCGAGAUCGGCAUAUCGGGGUACGCCCUCGUAUCCACUCAGACGAAAGGGCAGCCUAAAUAUGUGCGAAUGCGGGGUCAAGAGGUGGAAGAAGUAGUCACGAAGACCGAGUACACCGCGGCAGAAACUGGAGCGGUCCUUCGUCCCGAGGAGAUAGGCCAUGCCUUCCAAUUCGGACACGAGAGCACCAUUCGGAAUGUCCUUGAACCGAACUGGUGGGAGAGUAGUGAUCGACAAGAUAAAGAGCAGCAAGCGGCGGAAGAAGCUCUUCGGCGUGCAAAAGCCCGCCGAGAUGCUGGUGAUGGAGAUGAUGAGAUCGAUGAGGAGGACAUCAAGCCGCGGAUCAGCUCGAGCAUGAAGCAGGAGGAAAAGUCUCGUGUCGUGGCGAGAACUAGGCUGGCUUUCAAACCGGAAGAGGUAGCAGAGUUCAAGUCCAUGGGGAUCACACCGCAAAUCAAGAUUCUUGGCUUUCAGUCGCCUGAAAACAUCAACAUUGAAGACAAUAUCAAACAUUCCUAUUUCAUAUACCCAGAUGAGAAUGCCUACACCGGCAGCACGAGGACAUUUGCAGCCCUGCUACAAUCUUGUAUCAAGCUCGAUCGUCACGCCCUAGCUCUAUGUCGUUUUAGGGCCAAUAGCACACCUGAGUUUGCCGUCUUGAUUCCUCAGGAAGAAACUUUUACCGAAGGAGGAGGUCAGGAUAUGCCACCUGGAUUUCACGUCAUCGUCUUGCCUUUUAUCGAUGACAUCCGGCAAGCGCCAAAGAACAUGACGGAGAACCUCGUUGCCAACGAGAGGCAAGCAAAACUGAUGAGCAAUAUUGUCAAGCGGUUGAGGAACAAGGCCGGUAGAUAUCGAUCGGAGGUGUACCCGAAUCCUUCGCUUCAGUACCAUUACGCUCAGCUCCAAGCUCUGGCAUUUGAGGAAGACUUCGAUCUCGCUCAGAAGAUAGACGAGAUCGACCGAACGUAUCCCAAAUAUCACGGGAUGCACAAAGCUGCCGGGGAGUUUAUGGCGGAAUGGAACCAGGCGAUCGAAGAGGACGAACGGGCGGUUGAAAGUCUGAAAGCACCUACGAAGCGUGCAGCGGCGACUGUGGAGGUCGACGAGGCGGAAUUGGAGGACGUUGCUGGUGCAUACAGAGAAGGCACCAUUGACAAGGUCAAGGUUGCCGACUUGCGAGCUUAUGCAAAGUUCCACAAAAUCUCGCUUUCAGGCAAGAGUGCAAAGAAAGACAUCAUUGAACAGAUCAUUCCCUUUCUCGAGACUCUGGGCAAGAAGAGCAAGAAUUGAUGUCCGAGAAGGAACAGCCUCCAUUUGUAGCAUAUUUGCCUUUCUUGUAUAUCUGUGGACCCACCGCCCUCAGGAUCUUCGCAGUGAC